UAGAAGAUAAAAAAAAUGGCGUUCUUGUGUUCGUAAACAUAUCAAAAGAAUUACUGUAUAAUCAACGAUGUCAUUUAAUCGUAUUUAGUUAAUUAUAAGAAAAUAAUUAUUAAAUACCUUUAAGAUUUUAUACAAAAAUCUUAUUCUUUUAUUUUCUUUAAACAAGUUGCAUUAUGAUAGAUGCAACAGAUAAAAUUGAAAAAGCAUGUCAGGUUCUUUCUCAAGAAGUUAAAGAGCUGUACCUAGGAAAUGAAAUUGCAGAAAUAAAUGGUACAAUUAAUCCUUUCAUAUUUUAUCGUGAUUAUGUUUCCAAAAAUUUACCAGUAGUAAUACGAAAUGGCGUUGAACACUGGCCAGCUGUAAGAAAAUGGUCUAUAACUUAUCUUCGGGAGAUUUUAGGUGAUAAAUUAAUUUCAGUAGCUGUCACACCUAAUGGAUAUGCCGAUGCGAUAACAAAAUGUGUUUUUGAGGGCAUAACAAAACAAUAUUUUGUUAUGCCAGAAGAACGUUCUCUUACAAUGUCUACAUUUUUGAAUACUCUUGAAAAUCAUGAAUCGGAAAGUAUAUUUUACAUACAGAAACAGAAUUCUAACUUUAAAGAUUUCACUGAACUUUGGAAUGACACAGAAACAGAUAUUUCAUGGGCUACAAAUGCUUUCGGUAAAAAGCCUGAUGCUAUUAAUUUUUGGAUGGGUGAUCACAGAGCAGUAACAUCUAUGCAUAAAGACCCAUACGAAAACAUAUAUUGCGUAGUAUCAGGUGAAAAAACUUUUAUUUUACAUCCUCCCACGGAUUUACCUUGGAUCCCAUAUGAAAAAUAUCCGCCUGCUGUUUAUAAAGAGAUAGAGCCUGGAAAGUGGACUAUUGAACCGGUUAAUAUAAAAAAUAAUGUAGAGUCAGAAUAUUCUGAAAUUUUUGACACGAUACCAUGGAUAAAUAUCGAUCCUCUUAAUCCAGAUUAUAAUAGAUAUCCAAAAUAUAAAAAUGUACAAAGAUUAGAAGUGACGGUAAAAAAAGGAGAUAUAUUAUAUCUUCCUUCUCUCUGGUUUCAUCACGUAAGACAAUCUCAUGCAUGCAUAGCUAUAAAUUAUUGGUAUGACAUGGAAUUCGAUAUAAAGUAUGCAUAUUUUAAAGCUCUCGAGGCGUUAACUCAAUAAAUAUGAAACAAAGAUUAAAUGUGAAAUAUUAACAUAUACAAAGUUAAUACAUAAAUAAAUAAAAAUAAUAUA